AAACCUCACCAGCGGGUCGAUGGUGCUGAGGUCGGUGAAGGAGUCGGACAACGGGGAUUACAGAUUGACAGUCAACGCUACAGGCGUCUCCGCUCAAGUCUCAACGAAUCACACAUUGCACGCACUCGAACCGGUGGCGAAUGUCACCCUGCGAGCCAGCGAUUCUUCGCCCAGGGAACACUUCGACGCCGUCGUGUUGACGUGUAGCGCCCGGGGAACUCAACUGCAGCGGGAUUGGUUAUUUCACAAUGAUCCUGUCCGGGCGAAUUACAGGAUAACUAUAGCCGGUGACACGCUGCUCAUCGCCCGUGUACAGAGGACCGACACGGGAUGGUACACAUGCAUCGUAAGCAAUGGACUGAACAACGAAAGCGCGGAGACAUUUGUGAAUGUUUACCGUAAGUACAGAGACGCACAAAGUAUUUAGUAUGUAGGUAUGUUACAAAACCUACCUGAAUCGUGGUUGAGAAUCUGCCCCACCCCGUGUGCGCGAUUUUGCCGCUGUUUAGAGGGGGCGGGUUUAAAACACGAUUUUUACUAGGCUGUUGCAAUCGAAAAUGUUCAGCCUAG